CGUCCCAGGCCGCGGGGGCCGCAGCCUGCCCGAACGUGGUGCUUGUCUCUUGCAGACUAGCCAGUUCCUGGGGAGAGACCAUGUCCACGACCCCCGACUGUCCGCCCCGGCUGCUGCGGGGCCCCCCGAGGGAGCAGGCUUGCACCCUGCUCAUCAUCAGCUCCAAGUUCCUAUUUUUCAUCUCCAUCAUGAUCUACUGGCACGUUGCGGGCGUGCCCAGGGACCGAGGGCAGCUCUCCAGGCUGCCCGCGGACGUGCCGUGCCCCCGCCUGGCGCCCCCCACCCCGGCCCCCGGCGGCCCCGCGCCCGGCAACAUCUUCUUCCUGGAGACUUCGGAGCGGACCGACCCCAACUUCCUGUUCACGUGCUCGGUGGAGUCGGCCGCCCGCGCGCACCCCGAGUCGCGCGUGGUGGUGCUGAUGAAGGGGCUGCGCGGCGGCAACGCCUCCCUGCCGCGCCACCUGGGCCUCUCGCUGCUCCGCUGCUUCCCCAACGUGCGGCUGCGCCCGCUGGACCUGGCCGCGCUGUUCCGGGACACGCCCCUGGCGGGCUGGUACGCGGCGGCGCGCGCGCGCUGGGAGCCCUACCUGCUGCCGGUGCUCUCCGACGCCUCCCGCAUCGCGCUGCUCUGGAAGUUCGGCGGCGUCUACCUGGACACCGACUUCAUCGUCCUCAGGAGCCUGCGGAACCUGACCAACGUGCUGGGCGCGCAGUCCCGCUACGUCCUCAACGGCGCCUUCCUGGCCUUCGAGCGCCACCACGAGUUCAUGGCGCUGUGCAUGCGCGACUUCGUGGCGCACUACAACGGCUGGGUCUGGGGCCACCAGGGCCCGCAGCUGCUCACGCGCGCCUUCAAGAAGUGGUGCGCCAUCCGCAGCCUGGACCACAGCCGCGCCUGCCGCGGCGUGUCCACGCUGCCCCGCGAGGCCUUCUACCCCAUCCCCUGGCAGGACUGGAGGAAGUACUUCCAGGACAUCAGCCCCGAGGAGCUGCCGCGCCUGCUGCACGCCACCUACGCGGUCCACGUGUGGAACAAGAAGAGCCAGGGCACGCGGCUGGAGGCCACCUCCCGCGCCCUGCUGGCCCAGCUCCACCACCGCUACUGCCCCACCACCCACGCGGCCAUGAGGAUGUACCUGUGACCCGCGCCCUGGGCCGCCGCCUCGCCUGUGGGGCAAGAGCCCGCCUGCUCACCGUCCGGCCGACCGCCCCGGCCGACCGCCCCCUCCGGAGGCCGGGGGGCCGCUUGACCCCCCCAGGCCAGGUGGGAUCGGUCGUGCCUGUGACCCCAGAAGGCCCAGGGAACCCCCUGCAGAUAGGAGCUGUCCCCGGGGGCCCCCCAUGAGCCUCAGGCCUCCCCGGCCUGCUCAGACCCCUCACGUCGCCCCAACACCCCCUGACCCCACGACAGGCGCUGGUGGAUAGGACGGCCUGGGGCUGCCAGGAGGGGAAGCGUGGGCGAGGUCCGGGACUUCCGGUCUCGGAACCUUUAGGAUAUUAUUCACCUCAAACAUGACCUCAGGAAGUUGAGAGAAUUUCGGGGGGCAGGCAGGGCAGUCUGUCCAGCAGUAUCAGCCCCCACCCCCACCCCAGGCCCUCCAGGCUACACACCUCCGAGGAGACUUGAGCAAGCCACAGCCUCUCUGAGCCGAGUGUCUUCACCUGCAGCGGGGGCGGGGGCCGGGGUCAUUUCUGGCCAUAAAAUCCUCAGAAGUGGAGCCUGAGGGACCUUGGUGGCUAGAGGGGACCCCUGUGAGGGCUGCCUGGAACUGGGGUUUCUGAGCCAGCUGCCUGGGCUGGGGAGCACCUGUAUCAGUGGCUUAGAAGGAACUUUCUGGAUGCAAACUGCAGGACCAUUACAGGGUGGCCGGGCGAGCCAGGAGACCACGGCCCCAAAGUCUGGAGGCAGUGGAGCCCUGAUCCCCGAGGCAGGCGCGUGAGUGGGACGCGCCCACGGUGCCUCCCUGGGACCGGCGCCAGCUGCUCUGCCUGGACCGCCUCGCCCCGGAGCAGACAGCCCCCCCUCCGGCGGGCGCGGCCCCCUUCCAGGCCCUGCCCCCGGGGACCCCCGCAGGCGAGUCUCUCCUGGGCAAGGCCAAGGCCGUAGAACUGUUACUGGGCAGGGACAGGGGCGGCCCCGAAGCCCCAACCCUGCCUGCUCUGAGUGGGCUCUGCCACCCGCCGCAUCGAGACAGACACAUAAAACUGUAAUGAAAAGGGACUUUAAUGCGGUGAGUCGACAACACGGAAGACCGAGAAUACAGCGUCUGAGUCGACACCUGCAGUGACCCGGCCCCUCCUGGGCAAAAGUCCAGCCAAAGGGACUGGCCCAGAGCGAGGCCUGAAAGCCCCUUCUGGCCGGGACCCACAGGGAAGGGUCAGACACGGCCUAGGUGGGAGGAAAAGAAUCCACGAGAGUCAGUGCAGACGCUGCCACAGCCCUCCCGCGGGCCUCGCCCACGUCGCCCUCCGCCAGCCCGGGGGCGGGAAGCCAGCGCGGCCUCCUCCAGCAGGUGCCCUGCUCCGUGUGGCGUCCCGCGGCCCCGGCUCCAGCCUGCCGCCUUCUUCCUCAGGCUCCUUUUCUUUCUCUGCUCAGCUCCACCCCCUUCUGGGAGGGGCAGGGAACCUGGGACUUCCCCUUUUCCUAGGGACCCCCCUGCUACAGAACAACCAGCUUCACAGGUGGGGGUUCCACAUUCACGAGCCCCCCGCCCCCCGCCCUCGCCUGCACAAGAAUCUGCUUUCCCAAGGAGACUGGUGGCCUGAGAAGGGAAGGCCCCGACAGAGAGCAGGGGCGCGUGGGGGGCAGGGCCGGGCCAGGCCCCAGGUCUGUGUGACCCACGCCUGGGCUCGUCUGUGCGAGGGGGAUACUGCCGAGAGGCCCCCUCCCACCCUCUGGCACAGCCCACGCCAGGCCCCUCUCAUCGUGGAAGCCGAGGCCUGACUCUCCGGGGGGCUCCAGAAGGAGCCAGCCACAACCACCCACAGCUCCUCGCCCAGCCUCCAGGCCCGCGGGGGUAGGGGGGGCUCAGCCCCAGGGCAGGCCUCAGGCCAAGGCAACUGGACCCCACAAGCCCUCAUAGGCUGCGGCGGAAUCAGCACCCCCGGGGGUGGCUGACAGCCCCAUGUGUCCCUCCCCCCUCAGCUCCAGGGUGGAGAGUCCCCAAGUUCCCCAGGACUGGGCAGAGGAGAAAGGAGGCUGCUGGGCACUUCCUGCAGUGUGCGCACCAGAAACUGCUAGUAGAUGUCCAGGCAGGGCCCCUGGGGGGGCCAGAGCUGGCCCUCCACAGUGCCCGGCGGGGGCCCGUCCUGUCCCUGGGAGGGCGGUGAGGCCAGCGAGCUGGUGGCCACACACUGGCCUCCGCAGCCUCAGGGCCCAAUCAGGAGCAGAGAACCCUGAUCCCCACUCACACAAAUUGAAUACAGGAAGUUGGUCAAACUAAUUGAAUGAGCCAUAAAGGCAGCCCUGAGGUGAGCUCCCAGGAAGUGGCCGCCACCUGGAGCUGGGGGGCCGGGAAAGGUGGAGGAGCCAAGCCCGGAGACACCCAGGCUGGAGGUCCACCCAGGGACGGGCGGAGCUGCUGUCACAUCGGAAGCCGGAGGGGGCGGCCAGCGCCUGAGUCUGCAGAGGGGUGCAGCUGAGUCUUGGAACGUGGGGAACGCCGAGCUAAAAGCCGCCGCCGACCAGGAGCCCCGAAGCACCCAGACGCCUGAGAAAGCGCCUGUGGAGGAAGCGUCUCCUCCACAGAGGGUGCUGGGAAGCUGGGAGCCACGUGUACAGAAAGAAGGGGCCCACCUCACACCACCUGCAAAGUCAACCCAAAGUAAGAGUUCGAGCAACACCACUCUUAGAAGAAGACACAGACGUCGCCUUAUGGUUUGGGAUGAGGCAGUGGUUUCUGAAGUACGAGCCCGAAAAGCCCAGCGACAGAAGGAAAGAGCCGCUAAGACGGGCUUUGUGACUAUGAAAAUGGUGUUUCUGGGCCUCCCUGGGGGUGCAGCACCAUGAAGCUAUCGCAGCCGCUGCAGCACAAGUUGGAUCCCGGGC